AUCACGAGACUGGGGUAGGCUAUAACUCUUGACUCUCGAACUCGUUGAUUGUAGUUGGAGAUUUUGCAAGAUGGGACUCAAAUGCAACUGCCGUACAAUUGUAGCUGUGAUUUUUUAUGUUUUGGGUAUAGUUUUUUUUGUUACUGGUUGUGUUUUGUUGUUUGGAGAAAUAUUGCAGAACAUGAUUGAUCAGAAAGUAGACGAGAAUAUUGAAUUGAAAAAUGGCACCCUGGUCUUCAAGCAAUGGAGAAAGCAAACUUCUCCAAUCUACAUGCAGUAUUUUGUUUUUGAUCUCCAAAACCCUGCAGAGGUUAUGAAUGGCUCAGAGCUGCCAUAUGUAAUAGAAAGAGGCCCAUAUUCCUACAAAGAGAUAAGGAGGGUUGACAUCUUGCACUACUCAGCAGAUAAGUCUAUUGUGACUUUCAUGCCAAACCGGACCUUCAUUUUUGACCCUGAGACAUCAUGCAAGGGAUGCAAUGAUACUACUGAUACCUUUACUAAUGUCAACAUUCCCUUACUGACCCUGGCUCUCUGGCUCAAGACUACAGAUUACAAAUCAAAGCACAGUAUCUGUUUUCAAGGAGUGGAAGUUAUUCUUCUAAAAAAUAAAGCAGCUCUUUUUCAAGCAAAAACAGUGUAUGAAAUUUUAUGGGGAUAUGUUGACCCAGUACUGAAUGAUAUCAACGAUGUGCCCUCCAUUUUCUGUCCCAAAAAGGAAGGACUCGAUCCAUUCAUUCAACUACAGUACAAUAACACAUAUUAUGGUAUAAGUGCUAUAAACACUGGAAUAAAAGAAAUCAACAAGCUGGAGCAAUAUGAGAUGUGGAGAAAUAGGCCAAAUUUGACAUGGUGGGAAAGUGAUUAUGCAAAUAUGCUCAAUGGAACAGAUGGUACUCAAUUCAAGCCAAGAAUUUCCAAAUCUGACACACUUUACACAUUUGUUCCUGAGAUUUGUAGGUCUAUUUACAGUGUGUAUGACUCAACAGUCACAGUUCGGGACAUUAAGCUUUACCGCUUCACUGCUCCCAGUGUGGUGUAUCUAAGUGGUGACAUCUACCCUCCUAACAUGGGGUUCUGCGUCCCACCUGGAUGUCUCCCUACUGGCUUGCUAAACCUGACUCGCUGCCAGCCGCAGAAUCCCCCUGUUGCUGUUUCACCGCCACAUUUUUACCAGAGCAACAGUUCACUUGUAAAAGCAGUAAGAGGAAUGCAUCCCGUUAAGAGCGAACAUGCAACUUUUAUUGAUAUAGAGCCGAUCACUGGCAUCACAAUGCAGGCUAACAAGAGAAUCCAGAUCAACGUUGCUUUAGAACCUGUCAGCAUUUUAUCGCAAACGUCAGGGAGUUUUGCUCCUGUAUUUCUCCCAAUGAUGUAUGUAAACGAGAGUGCUCUUAUCAGCGAAGCAGACGCUAAGACAUUCCGUGACAAGGUGUAUGGCCCGAUAGACCUCGCGCACGGUGCCGAGUAUGGCCUGGUAGCAGUGGGCGGGUUCUUCAUCCUUGUCGCUUCUAUUGUGCUAGUCCUGGAGUGCUUGCGGACGAACGACGACGACACAGACAAAAGCAAACUGGUACAGGACUGAUUAUGGGUGUGCCGGCUGAGUUUGGAUGUCUCAAGAUAGAUUGAUUGUGCUAUUUUUGAAAACGGCUUGCGACAGUAUUAUACCCGCCAUUAUCAAAAUUCUUGGGGAGCGUCUCGGUUUGUUUGUUCGUUUUAAACGGUUGACAAACAAAUCAACUUCUCUUGAAAACCAUUAUACUACGUACUUCGUAUUUUGUACAUUUUUUUACAUGUUCAAAAGUCUAGUAUAGUAUUUUAUAGGAAACAGAAUAAAAGUAUUUUAAAAUGAAAAUGCAUUUCAUUAUAAUAAAAUCAAUAUGAAAA